AUGCUAAACCCAUUUCUUAUCAGCGAUAGAAUCCUACGAGUCCCGGGGGAGGCCAAGUACGACUUCCAAUGGGCCGUAAAGCACGACGACUCCGGCAACGACUUCGGACACCAGGAAGCCCGUGACGGUGAAGACACUCAGGGACAUACUACUGUGCAACUCCCCGACGGCCGCCUCCAGACCGUGAGAUACGUCGUGGACGGCGAUGACGGCUACGUGGCCGAUGUCAACUACGAGGGCGAGGCUCGUUUCCCCGACUCCUACGAGUCUGCUUCCUUCGAGUCUCAGGAAUACAAACCACGAUAUGUCUAUGACUCCAACGAGUCCAAGUAA